AUGGGGUACUCAGAAGUUGAUCAAAAGGCUAUCAAUACGAUCCGUAUUCUUGCCGUCGAUGCGACUGCAGUUCCCAACUCUGGCCACCCCGGUGCGCCUAUGGGCCUAGCCCCAACCUCCCAUGUCUUGUUCAACAAGUUCAUGUCCUUCAACCCAAAGAACCCCAAGUGGCCCAACAGAGAUCGUUUCGUGCUCUCAAAUGGACACGCCUGUGUUUUGCAAUAUACCCUCCUCCAUCUGUUUGGAUACGCCCUGACUAUGGAUGACAUGAAGGACUUCAGAAAACUUGGCAGUAUCACUCCCGGCCAUCCUGAAGCCCACGAUACCCCCGGAAUCGAGGUCACCACCGGACCUCUCGGCCAAGGAAUUGCCAACGCUGUUGGUCUCGCUGUUGCUCAGGCUCACUCUGCCGCAGUCUUCAACAAACCUGGAUACAACUUGUUUGAUAACUACACUUACUGCAUCUUUGGUGAUGGCUGCGCCAUGGAAGGUGUUGCGAGUGAAGCCGCUAGUUCCGCUGGUCAUCUCCAGCUUGGCAACUUGAUCUGCCUGUACGACGACAACCACGUUUCCAUUGAUGGCGAUAUCAAGUGCGCCUUCACCGAGGAUGUGAGUGCACGAUUCGAAUCCUACGGGUGGCACGUCCAGCAUGUCGAAGACGGUGACCAUGAUUUGGAAGGCAUUGAAGCUGCUAUCCAAAAGGCUAAGGAGGUCACCGACAAGCCUUCCAUGAUUAAGGUUACCACCACUAUUGGUUUCGGCUCCCUCCUUCAGGGCACUGGUGGCGUUCACGGAAACCCUCUCAAGGCUGAUGAUACUCAGCAACUCAAGAAAGCCUUUGGCUUCAACCCUGAGGAGACCUUCGCUGUUCCCCAAGAAGUCUAUGACCUCUACCACCGCCGCUCUGCCGAAGGCGCUGCUAAGGAGCAGGAGUGGAACAAUCUCCUUGCUAAAUACGCCAACGAGUACCCUAAGGAGCACAAGGACCUUACCCGUCGUUUGACCGGUGACCUCCCCGAAGGAUGGGAGAGCUGCUUGCCCACCUACUCCCCAAGUGACCCAGCCAUAGCUUCCCGCAAGCUCUCCGAAGCCGUGAUUGAAAAGAUCUACGAUGUCAUUCCAGAGUUCGUCUGCGGAUCCGCUGACUUGACGGGCUCAAACAAUACCCGCUGGAAGAAAGCCGUUGACUUCCAGCCUCCAAGCCUUGGUAUCGGUGAAUGGUCUGGUCGUUACUUCCGCUACGGUGUACGUGAACAUGGUAUGGCCGCUAUGAUGAACGGUAUGGCCGCCUACGGCACCAUGAUCCCCGCUGCCGGAACCUUCUUGAACUUCGUCUCCUACGCUGCCGGUGCAGUCCGUCUUUCUGCUCUCACCGGUGUCCGUGUUAUCUUCGUCGCAACCCACGACUCCAUCGGUCUCGGUGAAGAUGGCCCAACCCAUCAGCCCAUCGAAACUCUCGCUCACUUCCGUGCCCUUCCCAACUUGAUGGUCUGGCGUCCAGCCGAUGGUAACGAGACUAGUGCUGCCUACUACUCCGCCCUUACGGCUAAGACCACCCCUUCGAUCCUCGCCCUGACCCGUCAGAAUCUACCACAGCUCGAAGCCUCUUCGAUCCAGAAGGCCCUUAAGGGUGGAUACGUUGUCCUUGACGCCGAGAACGCCAACAUCGCUAUUGUCAGUACUGGAUCUGAAGUCGGCAUCUGUAUCGAUGCUGCCAGAUAUCUCAAGGAGAAGCACAAUGUUGUUGCACGUGUCGUCUCCAUGCCUUGCUUCGAGGUCUUCGACGCCCAACCUAAGGACUACAGACUCAGCGUUUUCCCAGAUGGUACCCCAAUUCUCAGUGUCGAGGUCAUGAGCACCCUUGGUUGGGAGAGAUACUCACACGAACAAUUCGGUCUCAACCGAUUCGGCGCCUCUGGUCCUUACAAGGACGUUUAUGCCAAAUUCGAAUUCACCCCUGAAGGUAUCAGCAAGCGUGCUAUCGCAACCAUCGAUUUCUACAAGGGUGUUACCGUCCGCUCCCCGGUCAACCGUGCUUUCCAGCAACUCAUUUAA